GUUAACUUACAGCACCCAAACGAGACUAGGCAUCUUCGAUGACUAGGAAUAGUUGCUUUUAAGAUCAGUGCACUGUCAUUGCCAAACAUUCAUUCAUUCAUUUCCAUAGCUUCUAAAAUCUGCAGCUAGCUAGCAAAAAUGGCGGAUGCAAUUGUGAACUUCUUGGCAGAGAAGUUGACGAGGCUGCUUGAGGAGGAAGCCAAGCUUCUCACCGAGGUGCAUGACAACGUGACCUCGUUGCACGACCAGCUUAAGAUAUUGAACCUCUUCCUCAAAGAGACCCAAGGGACCAAGCAGAGAGAGCACGGACUGGUGGCGGAAAUGGUCGGCCAAAUCAGAGACGCUGCAUACCAAGCCGAAGACAUCAUCGACACCUAUGUGGCGGACAUGAUUCGACGUCGAAAGAUGAACCGGUUGGAGAAGGUGGUCAUCGGCAGUGUCAACCACGCGCUCAUGCUUCACAAAGUGGCGGUCAAGAUAGGCGACAUCAAGACAAGAAUCGACAAUAGGUUCGGCAACAUAGAAAAAUACGGCGUCAGACUCAUCAGUGCAAAAGGUGAAAAAAGUAACGGAGAAGAAGAAGAAACAGAGCGCGUGAGGAAACAGAGGAGCGAGGUGGAGGAAGAUAAAGUGGCGGGGUUCGAGAGUUACUCCAGGGCUGUUAUAGAAAAACUCACGGCAAGGGUCAGGGACAGGGAUUCACGCCUUAACGUUGUUUCCAUCACCGGUGUUGGUGGCUUGGGGAAAACCACCCUUGCCAGAAAAACAUACAACAACGUUAGGGUCAAGGACACGUUUUCUUGUCGUGCAUGGGGUUAUGUUUCAAAUGAUUAUCGGCCCAGGGAAUUCUUCUUGAGUCUUCUAAAGUGUUUGCAACCCGGGGAAUAUAGUGAUAUGUCAGAGAGAAGGGAGAGCGACGAAGAACUGAAGAUGAAGGUGCGAGAAUGCUUGAAUAAAAGCGGAAAGUACUUGGUGGUGGUGGACGAUGUUUGGGAAACCCAAGUGUGGGAUGAGAUUAAAAGCGCUUUUCCAGAUGCCAACAACGGAAGCAGAAUAUUGAUAACAAGUCGUUCGACAAAGGUGGCUUCUUAUGCUGGAACAACCCCUCCCUACUCGCUUCCCUUCCUCAACAAACAAAAAAGUUGGGAGCUACUUUUCAAGAAGUUGUUUAAGGGACGAAGAAAGUGUCCCCCAGAAUUAGUGGAACUGGGAAAAUCCAUAGCUGAAAGAUGUGAUGGCUUGCCACUUGCCAUCAUCUUCAUGGCGGGGAUUCUGGCCAACAAGGAAUUGCACAAGGAGUGGUCUGAUAUCAAGGACCAUAUGGAUUGGCAUCUUGGUAGUGACAAUGACAACAUACUAAUGGAUAUACUGAGACUAAGCUACGACACCUUGCCUUCACGGUUGAAGCCUUGCUUUCUAUAUUUUGGCAUGUUCCCUCAGGGAUACAAUAUCCCCGUCAAGCAAUUGAUCCGCUUGUGGACAUCUGAAGGACUAUUAACAACACAUGAUUCUUCUUCCGGAAGCAGGACCAACGCACCGGAGCCCGAAUACAUUGCGGAACAGUACUUGGCUGAACUAGUGGAACGAAGCUUGGUCCAAGUCAUACAUAGGACCAGCUAUGGCAGUGUCAAGACAUGUCGUGUUCAUCUCGUUCUCCGCCACUUCUGCAUAUCCGAGGCCCGGAAGGACAAGUUUUUCCAAGUUGGUGGAAUUAUUAAUGAUUCUUCUCAAAUGCACAGUCGCAGGUUGUCCCUCCAAGGCACACUAUUUCACAAGUCCUCUGUUUCAAGCACUUCAUUAUCUAAUAAUUCCUCUGUCUCCGGAACUCGUUCCCUCUUAUGCUUCGGCAAAGAAGAGGUGUCCGACGUUAAGAAAGACCAAUGGGAAUGGCUUUUCAAGAGUUUCAAGUUGGCUCGGGUGUUGGAUCUAGGACAAAUGAAUGUUACCUCACUACCUAGUGGUUUGAAGAAGCUCAUCCACUUAAGGUACUUGAGUAUACACUCACACAAUCUCGAAACUAUUCCGGAUUCAUUAUGCAACCUAUGGAAUCUAGAAACGCUUGAUCUAAGGGGUUCCCCUAUAAAAUCCUUCUCUGCCGAACUCUGGCAGCUUAAGCAUCUGAGAAAUCUUCUGUUGCUUGGACCCGUGGUGCUUCCGGAAAGUGAAACCAUGCCGAAUCUCCAAACUCUCUCUACGGUGGCACUUGAUCCACGCACGGCAUCGUUGUUGGAGAAUGGUAGAUUCCCCGAGUUGAAAAAACUGGGUUUACAUUAUGAAAAACGUGAUGACACAAUGUGUGAGUGUGAUCCUCGUGUGCUGUUACAAAGUUGCCUCCACCGGCUAAGCUAUCUCCGGAAGCUAAAACUUAUUGGCACUACUGAGAUCCCGCAAAAUGCAGCAAAUGUGUGUGUGUUUCCCUCAACCAUCACCAAGAUAACCCUAACAAAGUUUGGUUUCUUCAACUCUAGUGCCAUGAACACACUAGGAAAGCUUCCAAACCUCUUGGUGCUGAAAUUGUCAUCGCAGAAAAGUGAUGCUAGUUUUGACCUGCAUUGUGCCGCGGGAGGGUUCUCAAAGCUUCAAGUGUUUGUGAUGGUAGAGAUCAUGGUUAAAAGCUGGAGAGUAGUGAAAGGUUCGAUGCCAAGUGUUCAACGUGUAGUCGUCAGAAACUGCGAAUACUUAACUGAGCUUCCAGAAGAAAUCUGGUCCUUGACUGCAUUGUGCCAAGUGAAUGUUUCUUGUCCCAGUAGAAAAUUGGCAAAAACACUGCAAAAUUUGGAGGUGAAGAAUAAGCGUAAGCUCGUCGUCUAUCCUCGCUCAACCAAUUGAAGAAUUGCAUUCUGUCAAAAUCAAUUCAAUCGCUAUUCGCUAGUUUGAUUAAAACUGAUGCAUCAUGUCCUGCCUCAUUCGUAGAAUAGUCUAUGUAUAAACUUUGUAUUUAUUUUUCCUUGUUGUCCUCUUUAUUAUAUUGAUUAAAACUGUUGGUGCAUCAUGUCUUGCCUCAUUCUUAGAAGAGUCUAUGUAUAAACUAAUGACAUGGCACCUUGAGAGUCAAACUCAAUAAUAAUUUUAGGAAAUCCCCUGAACCAAGCUAA